AUGCAGGGUGGGGAGGUGUUCCACAACCUGGUGCUCAGCGGCCGAGCGGAGCCAGAGUUGGCCGAGACUAUAGCUGGAGGCAAAGCUGGGAAGAACAGUGGCAAGGCCAAGGCCAAGGCUGUGUCACGCUCACAGAGAGCUGGGCUGCAGUUUCCUGUGGGCCACAUCCACAGACAUCUGAAGACGCGCACUACCAGCCACGGACGAGUGGGUGCCACUGCUGCCGUCUACAGUGCUGCAGUCCUGGAGUACCUCACUGCCGAGCUCACCAUCCGCGGAGAUGAAGAGUUGGAUUCUCUCAUCAAGGCGACUAUAGCUGGCGGUGGUGUGAUUCCUCACAUCCACAAAUCUCUGAUUGGAAAGAAGGGACAGCAGAAAACCGCUUAGGGUUGUCACCCUCCCUCCACUGCCCUGUCCUUGUACUGUCACCUGGACAGAAGACAUCAGUGGGGACACAUAACAUUUUUAAAAGCAGUUAAAGGAAAUGCAUAGACAAUGCUGUAGACAUAAACAAACAUUG